CGCUUCACCAGACUCACCGAGACCCCUCCAGGGAGGCCUGAGCUGGACAUCCUGAGAUGAAGCCCAUCACCGUGGUUCUGGUGUGCCUGCUGCUCGGUGGCCUGUGGCUACAGGAGGUGGACAGCAAGAGCAUGCAUGUGUCGUCCUCCAAUUGUUGUUACACAUUUAUGGAGAAGAGGAUUUCCCUGCAGAAGAUCCAGUGUUACCGGAACACCAGCUCCACCUGCCCCUACCAAAAAAGCCUGAUAUUGAAGCUGAUCGGAGGCCGCCAGACCUGUGUCUUGCAGACAAAGCCAUGGGUUCGGGCUUAUUUCAAAAGAAUAAAGCCCUGCCCGAGUUGAUUCCAUCCUGGACUCUGGACACCACGUGGCUUCACCUGUCCCUUCAACACCCAACCCUAUACCAGUCUUUCUGCCCCAACUUUGCUGGGUCACACUUGGAGGGUUUUCUAGGUCCUAAUAAGCUAUGUUGCUGCACUUUAUUUAUUUAAAUUCUAGAAUCUUCCACCUCUGCCUCCCUGUGCCUCUUGGACCCCACAGGGAUUUCAGGGUGCAAAGU